AUGGAUCAAACAAAUACAAACAAAGGUACAGGGAAUAACGACGACGACUAUAGACAAAAGAAUAAGGAAGACGGGAAAACCAAUGAGAAUGGGGAAGAGCGGCCGCAAGACGGCAGAACAGAAGAGGAAGAACAACGAAAAUUCGAAAAGGAAAUGUUAGAAUGGCACAAAAAACAGUCAAAGAUGAAUAGGUCGGGUCCUCCAAAGCACUCGACUCUAGUAGGGGAUGACCUGUUAAAGGAAAUUAACAAAGAAGAGGAAAAAGAAGGAGACAAAAUUGAGGAAGACCCCUCAGUGGAAAUUGUGGAAGUGGUGGACAAAGAAGUAGAACGGAGAGAAGAAGAGCAAGGUGAGUCACACUGGCAAGAUAUAGAAGAGAGCGUCCUAACAGCUUUCCUGUUCGAUGAAGCGGACAGGGAAGAAAUACAGCAAAACAAAAAAAGGAAAGGCGAUAGCCUAGAAAUGAACGAAAAAUUUAAACGAGAAAAGAGAGAAGAAAGCAAAAAAUACUCAGAGGAGACGGAAAACGAAAGAGUCCAAAGAAAAUUGAAAGAGGUAUUGGAGAUCCUAAAUGGUAAAGGACCUAUAGAGGGGGAGAAUAAGGCUAAAGCAAGAAAGUUAAUUGGAGAAAUAACCUCUAUCCAAAAUAAAACGAGUCAGAAUCAAAAUCAAACGGUGCAAGAGGAGGGUCACUUGAAAUGCGAACAGUGCAAAAUAAAAAUGGAACAAGAAAGACAAAAAAAAGAAACGGAGAAAAUAAUAAAAGCGUUAAACAAAGGGGGGACAUAA